GGAGAGUCUCCCUGCUCUAGUUUUGCACGUACUGCUAGUUGCUACAGCAGAGCUCGAUUGGAGACAUACCUCUCACGCUAUACCUUUGGCUCUGAAAGGAAGAAACUGCAGAGAGAGCACAAACCUGCAUGGCCAUCAUGAAGGCAACUCGACCAGACUAGUACAUGUGCAGCCAGCCCAGCCAUUGGUGAUGUCGUUAUGAUGAAUUUGAGCUCUGCGUAGUUCGUUGAGAUGGAAUCUAAAGCUGAAUUUGUCCCUGUUAAAGGCUCGCACGGAUGAAAUAAAACGGAUUCAUGAGUCAGUAAUAAUAAAGAUGUGGUUGUCCACUUCCCAAAAGCUCCAGAACCAAUCUUGUGAUGAUACGAUUGCACAAACAAACUCUAAAGUUUGGGAGGGAGUGGCUUUUUUGCUGUCAGGCAGCAGAAAACACUUGCCAACCUGAACCUCUGCACUUUCCUCUCAAGUCCAACGCGCGUCACUCGUCAGAAAUGGAGACGACUUCCGAUACCCCACGCUCCGUCGUCCGAGCAGACGGCGACGGCGGCGGCCAUGUCCUCCUCCUCGCCUUCCCGGGGGCGCAGGGCCACCUCAACCCCAUGCUGCAGCUCGGCCGCCGCCUCGCCUACCACGGCCUCCGCCCCACGUUCGUCACCACGCGCCACCUACUCGCCACCGUGCCGCCGCCCGCGGGCCCCUUCCGCGUCGCCGCCAUCUCCGACGGCUUCGACCAAGGCGGGAUGGCAGCGUGCCCGGACUUCCGGGAUUAUGGGCGCCGGCUGGCGGCCGCGGGGUCCGAGACCCUCGAGGCGCUCUUCCGGUCAGAGGCCGCGGAGGGGAGACCCGUGAGCGUGCUCGUGUACGACCCGCACCUACCCUGGGCAGGCCGUGUGGCGCGCGCCGCCGGCGUGCCGACGGCCGCGCUCUUCUCGCAGCCCUGCGCGGUGGACGUCGUCUACGGGGAGGUCUACGCGGGCCGCGUCGGCCUGCCGGUCGUGGACGGGAGCGCGCUACGUGGGUUGCUGAGCGUGGAGCUGGGUCCGGAGGACGUGCCGUCGUUCGUGGCGGCGCCGGAGUCGUACCCUCUGUUCCUGGACGCGGUGGUGGGGCAGUUCGAUGGGUUGGAGGACGCCGACGACGUGUUCGUCAACUCGUUCCAUGAGCUCGAGCCCAAGGAGGCGGACUACUUGGCAUCAACAUGGCGUGUGAAGACCAUUGGCCCGACACUGCCAUCGUUCUACCUGGACGACGAUCGGUUGCCAUCCAAUAAGACUUAUGGGUUUGACCUCUUCGACAACACAGCACCAUGCAUGGCAUGGCUGGAUAGGCAGCCCCCUUGCUCAGUGGUCUAUGCCUCCUAUGGGACAGUCGCUAACCUCGACCAAGCCCGGUUAGAGGAGAUAGGCAAUGGAUUGUGCAAUUCCGGCAAACAGUUCCUCUGGGUUGUCAGGUCCGUUGAUGAACACAAGUUGUCUGAACAGUUCCGUGACAAGUGCAAGGAAAAGGGGCUAAUUGUUUCGUGGUGCCCCCAGCUUGAAGUUUUAUCUCACGAGGCCACAGGUUGUUUCUUAACUCACUGUGGAUGGAACUCGACAACAGAAGCAAUUGUUACAGGCGUACCACUUUUGGCAAUGCCUCAGUGGACAGAUCAACCAACUACAGCAAAGUACAUUGAGAGUGCAUGGGGGAUUGGUGUGCGUGUGCAUCAUGAUAAAGAAGGUAUUGUGCGAAAGGAAGAGGUAGAGAGGUGCAUUAGAGAAGUCUUAGACGGUGAGAGGAAGCAGGAGUACAUGAAGAAUUCUGCUAUGUGGACGAGAAAGGCUAAGGAGGCAAUGCAGGAAGGAGGAAGCUCGGACAAGAAUAUUGCUGAGUUUGUGGCGAAGUAUUCUCCAACUACUAGUUGAUGUAAAAAAAAAUCUGUACUUAGGUGUUAUAUUUGGAUACCAUUGAAGAGGUGAAAUGUGUGGUUUUCUUGUGUGAUGGGAAACUAGAGUUUGCAGGCGAAUAUAUUAUAAAAAUUGACAGAUCUCUCGCAUAUUAUCAGAUCUCUCGCAUUUUCUCUAUCUAAUAUGUGAAUCUUGGGGGUGAACAUUUGUCGAACAACAUUACGUGUGAGUAUCAUGUAGUACCAAAAUUGUAU